CUCACCUUCAGGUUUACCUCCAAUGGUUUACUCUGGUGUUUGGAUAAGUACAAUUGCACAGGUUGGACUUCUAUGGAGCAUAUAUCGUGGAUUGACGGGCGGUGUAUACCUGUUUAAACCUCUGUCAAGCUACGGAUUCUUGGUCACGUACAUUGAAGCCCCUCGCGGACCCAGCAAACAUGGAAGUCUAAUUGGCAAGGGAUUACUCUUCGGGACCUUAGGCGACAUAAUGCUGAUGUUCAAGCCCGAAUGGGCCUUCCUUCUCGGGCUUGUCGCGUUUCUACUAUCUCAUAUUUGCUACAGCAUGGCCUUUGUCAAACUUGGUGUACAAUGGACUAGCUCGCUUAGUCUUCUGGGCAUGGCAGCUUCAGGCGCAAUGCUUUCACAAGUGCUUCCUUGGCUUCUUCCGAACGUCGAUGCUGACAUGAAGGUCCCUGUCCUGGUGUACAUGGUUGCCAUUGUCAUUAUGGUCAUUGCAAGUUUAGGGUCAGCAACUAAUGCUCAAAGACCACUCCCACAAGUCCUUGGAGCUAUUGCGUUUAUGCUCUCAGAUAUAUUUGUAGCUAGAGAGAAAUUCGUUGUAACCGGGUUUGAAAAUGCCUGGAUAGGUCUACCCUUGUAUUUUUAUGCGCAACAUGCUAUUGCAUAUUCGGCCUGGAAACGCUGAGUUGCAUUUUUGUUCUUUCAGACAUUUACCUUUUUUUUGGAAACAAUUUUUUUAUAAAAUGUUGCGAGUACGGCCUCUUUGUCCAUCAGCACAGAGUGUAUGGCGAACCAGUUCAUCAGGUGUGCGGGCCCUUCCAGUUCCAUACAUUGGUGCAGGUCGACGAAUGGCAAGCACGGCCGUCCCUAAUAGACCUCUUGGCGCACACGUGUGGAUGCCGAUCAUGUUCGCGACGGUCGGCACUAGUUUUUUGCUGUCGAAGACGGUGCAAGCGGAGGCGGCAAGAGGAAAUCUUCAAGAACCGC